CUGGAGUGACACGUCACGAAGGUCAGGAACGAGCUGAUGGAAAAUGGCGAGCAGCUACAACAGCUUCAGUCUACACACGACUGCGGAGAAGUUCUACAUCGAGGCGUGUGACGAUGGAGCUGGAGACGUCCUCGCCAUCGACCGCGUGUCCACAGAAGUGACCCUCGCAGUGAGGAAGGACAUCCCUCCGUCAGCAGUGACGCGUCCGAUGUGUGGCAUCAUGGGAACCAUUCGGCUGGUGGCAGGCAUGUAUCUGAUCGUCAUUACAAAGAAGAAGAAGGUGGGCGAUCUGCUCGGUCACGCCGUCUGGAAAGCCACUGACUUUGACAUAAUUUCCUACAAGAAGACGGUCCUGCAUCUGACUGAUACUCAGGUGGGUUCUUCAGUUUUACACGAGCAGAAUGUGUUUCCAUCGUGUUUGCCCUCUGGGUUUAUGGGACGUUUGAGCAUCUCUUUAUUUAAAGGUGCCAUAGAAUAUGCCAAAAGAUAUGAUGGUUUUAUGCAGGCGGAUCAGAGAUUCGUGUGGAACGGUCAUCUGCUCAGAGAAUUCAUGGCACAGCCUGAGCUGCACAAAUUCGUCUACCCUGUUAUUCACGGCUUCAUCACCAUGAAGUCGUGCUGCAUCAACGGCAAAAUCUUCGACUGGAACAUCAUUUCUAGGAGGAGCUGUUUCCGCGCUGGCGUCCGCUACUACAUCAGAGGUAUUGACUCUGAAGGUCAUGCGGCCAACUUUGUUGAGACGGAGCAGAUUGUUCAGUAUAAUGGAGCAAAAGCCUCAUUUGUUCAGACUCGAGGAUCCAUCCCGUUCUACUGGUCUCAGAGACCAAACCUGAAGUACAAACCAAAGCCGCAGAUCAGCAAAAGCGUCAAUCACCUGGAUGGUUUUCAGAGGCAUUUCGACUCUCAGAUCAUCACAUACGGCAAGCAAGUGAUUUUGAACCUGGUGAAUCAAAAAGGUUCAGAAAAGCCGCUGGAACAGGCCUUCGCGAAGAUGGUGGACAGUCUGGGCAACGGCAUGAUCAAGUACGUUGCGUUUGACUUCCACAAGGAGUGCAGCCGUAUGAGGUGGCAUCGCCUGCAGAUCCUGGUGGACAUGGUGGCGGAAAUACAGAAUGAGUUCGGGUUGGUGUUGAUUUCGUUAACGAAAACUGUGACGAAAAAUAGGAUAGGAGUUCUUCAUGUGGGCCAGCGGAUUGAAGAACAGGCGGAUUUUGAAAAAAUAUACAAGAACGCAUGGGCAGAUAACGCCAACGCCUGUGCCAAACAGUACGCCGGGACCGGAGCCCUGAAGACCGACUUCACACGGACAGGGAAGAGAACGCAGUGGGGUUUGCUGAUGGACGGCUGGAACUCUAUGAUCAGAUACUACAAGAACAACUUCUCAGACGGUUUCAGACAGGACUCCAUUGACCUGUUUCUGGGUAACUAUGCAGUGGAAGAGGCAGAUAUGAACACUCCUCUACAUGAGCCCAAAGACUGGAAGUUCCUCACGCUGCCGAUCAUCAUGGUGGUUGCUUUCUCAAUGUGCAUCAUAUGUCUCCUGAUGGCUGGUGACACCUGGACCGAGACGCUAGCGUAUGUGUUGUUCUGGGGCUCAGCGAGUGUGGUGACGGCCGGCGUGAUCCUCUUCAACGGCCGGGACUUCGUCGACGCACCCAAACUGGUGCAGAAGGAGAAGAUGGACUGAACCUGCGUGUGUGGGAAGCAGCUUGGUCCCGCCGAGUCUUCAUCCUCCUCCUCAUCCUCAGUGCUGUCCUACUCUCAGCUCCGCCGGGCCUGGAGCCUGUACUGAUGCUGCACCACCGGAGGAAGAGGAGGAGGAUGAAGGCCAUGGGCCAGACGGGACGCUCCGCUGCUCUCCACACCAGGAUCGUAUCUCACAGACAUCCCAUAAUUCCAUGGGCUCACAGGCAGCUUCACAGACGCAGCGCUGGAAACCAGGUUCAUGUGCAGACCGAGCCUCGUGGUUCAAGACGUGUUUCCGUGUCGAAUCGCACACGCGUCGUAGCUCGCGAAUCAUCAUCUUGUUUUCUAAUAAAAAAAAUUUGUACACAAAACAAAAUACGUUUAAAAUAAAAAUGCAGUAACACUUUUCAAUAAGGUUCAUUUGUUAACAUUAGUUAGCUAAUAUUAACUAU